AUGGAGUCGCCUGCGAAGAAGCUCAAGAUGUCGUCGCCGGCCCUAGGCACACAGCAGGAUUUCGUUUCAUUUGGCGACGAGGAAGGCACUUUUGGAUCUACCGAGAAGGAUUCCACCGAUCAAUACACGCCGUUUCGUGCGCCUAAAGAGCCUCGAUUGGACAGAGCCCACGGAAGGAAUGGAUACGAUCCGAGAAGGGAUCCUCGAAACGCCAGAGACAAGCCAAAGUCGAGACACAUCCUACCAGGCUACGAACCUUGGGUUCUGGUCAGGACAAAAUUCCGCAGAAGAUUUGUUCACAACACGCAGACCAAGGAGAGUUUCUGGCGCAUACCCAAGGAUGUCAUGCCUGGCGUCAUCGAGUUCGAACGAUGGGAGAAGGAUGGACAGGAGAAGGCUGAGAAUGCCAAGUGGGCUGAGCAGCAGUUGCAGGAAAUGCGCGACAAGAGCAAAGCGGAAGAAGUGAACAGAGAUGCAGAUGAGGAGGGCAGAAGCCGCAGGCGAAGGAGCGAGAGUUUACAAAGGGACGACGAGGAGGCUCUCAUGGCAGAGUUGGCCGCACAAGCAGAGCAUGCCGAGGAGCAGGACGCGAAAAAGGCCUUCACAGCGACACAGCCAUUGCAGUCGCAAAUACCAGAAACAGGCCUUGACAGCGAUAGUGAGUAUGAAGUCGUGGAGGUAACAGAUUCAGAGGGCGAGGGCGAGGGCGAAGAAGAAGAGGAAACAGGCGAAGCCCCAGGGGAGCCCGCGGCAGGACAACCACCCGAAGACGGCCAACCCGAGGAGGAUGGCCCAGUUGAAUUCGGAGAGGAUGACAUUGCAUGGCAACUGGCGGCUAUGGGAGAAGACUACGGGCUGGAUCCUGGGGAGUACGGAGACGCAUACGAGAAAGAAUGGGAAGAAGGAGCCGAAGGUCUCCCUCUGAGCCGCGAAGACGCAACCCACUUGUUCCGCGAUCUGCUAGAAGACCAUGGCAUUAGUCCGUUCACGCCUUGGGAUAAAGUUAUCGAGGACGAGUCGGAGACCAGCAUAUUGAACGACCAGCGAUAUACAGUCCUUCCAAAUAUGCGCGCAAGAAAGGAGGCGUUCGACUCGUGGGCCAAGGAUAAGGCAACGCGACUGAAAGAAGAGCGAGCGGCCACGGCGAAGCGCGAUCCCAAGAUUCCGUACCUGGCUCUGCUCCAGGACAAGGCAACACCAAAGUUAUACUGGCCAGAAUUCAAACGCAAGUACAAAAAGGAACCGGAGCUUAACGAUCGCAAGUUGAGUGACAAGGACCGAGAAAAGCUCUAUCGCGAUCAUAUCGGUCGACUCAAGUUGCCGGAAAGCACGCGCAAAGCGGAUCUGCAGAUUUUGUUGAAGGGCGUGCCGCUGAAAUCGCUCAAUCGAGACACUCAGCUGGACUCUUUGCCGCAGCAGCUGCUCUCUCAUUUGCAUUUUGUGAGCUUGUCUCCUAAUGCCCGAGAUCCGAUUAUCAAAGCACACAUCCAGAAGCUACCUCCUGCUCCUGACGAUGACGACUUGACGGACGAACAACGGGCGGAAGAAGACAAGAAGCGGGAAGAAAGGAGGCGACGAGAACAAGCAAUGGCGGAACGCGUACGCAAGGUUGAAGAAGAGCGACGUCGCGCGGAUAAAGAUGAGGACAGAGCUCGUAGAGAUCUUCGCGAAGAGGAGCGCGAGCUUCAGCGUGCGAUGGCGGUUUCUAGCCGGGGACUAUCAUCUCAUUUUCGUGAGGAUCGAGCAAAUUCAAAGCCAUGA